AAGUAUAAUUUGAAGUGGAAACGAUUUCUUUUCUUGUAUCCUCCAACACUCCCUCCCCACACCACUCCCAGAAUCUUCCAAGUUAUUGACACAUUUUUCUCUCUCUAAUUUCACAUAUUUUGUUUUGAUUCGGAAAUUGUUGAUAGCUUCCUCCCUUCAAAACGACUUUAAUGAGUACCUUUAGUGCACAUAUUCAGUGUUUUUAUUCAUCAUUACUGACACACCAACCAUUCUUUCUUCCCUCAAUUAAUUUCUCUUUAUAAUAGUUUUUUCUUCCGAUUCUCAUUCUCUUGUUUCUGAUACUGGGAGAGAGACUGCUCUUUUAUUUCACCAAGUCCCAGUACUGCAAGAUGAAGAAACUUAUCCUGAUCAAAUUGGAUUUACAAGAUGCCAGGGAAAAGCGAAAGGCCUUGAAGACUGUCUCCGCUGUAUCAGGAAUUGAUGAGAUGUCGAUGGAUAUGAAAAGUAAGAAGUUAACCAUCAUUGGGACAGUUGAUCCCGUGAGUGUAGUAAGCAGACUACGCAAGUUUUGGUGGACAGAGAUACUCAUAGUAGGACCAGCCAAAGUUCCCGAGCAAGAGAAGAAAGCAGAACCUAAGAAGGAAGAAAUCAAGAAAGAGGAACCACCUAAGGAAGAAGCAAAGAAAGAAGAGCCACCCAAAGAAGAAGCAAAGAUAGAGGAACCACCUAAGGAGGAAGCGAAGAAAGAGGAACCCCCCAAGGAGGAAACAAAAAAAGAAGAGCCUAAAAAGGAAGAAGAAGAUGAAGAGGACGAUGAAGAAGAAGAAGAAGAGAAAGGACCCAAAAAGGAAGAAGUGAAGAAAGCACCGCCGCAAUCACAUCCUCAGCCACGACCACAACCUUUUCCACCAGCUGCUUAUAGGCCAUAUUAUCCUCCUCCUAUGCACACAUAUUACCAAGUUCACCACAGCAUAGAAGAGAAUCCUAAUGCCUGCACUAUCUGUUAAACAGGCUUGGGAGGUGAUCUGAAUUGCUAUUGAUAAGAUUCUGACCGUAACCGGUUAAUUAAGUGGAGGGGAGGGGCGGGGGGAAGAAGUCAUAUAUAUAGAGAGAGAGAUAGUGUCCUUUUUAUUGGUUUGGUGAUAUUCUAUUAGAAUCAACCCAUGACUAGCAUUAGAAUGGAAGCUUUUGUUAAUAGAAGACAAUGAUGCAGUACUCUAAUUUUCUGAAUCAGAUUUUGUACAUAAUUUUUAAUAUGAAUAUUGCUGCCCCUUUGUUCCUUCGGAUCUACAUUUGAUAGUGUAGGUUUAUGUGCAGUAACAUUUUACUGAUAAUCAUUAGAAUGGAAGCUUUUGUUAAUAGAAGACAAUGAUGCAGUACUCUAAUUUUCUGAAUCAGAUUUUGUACAUAAUUUUUAAUAUGAAUAUUGCUGCCCCUUUGUUC